GAGGUGCGAAAAAAAUCCUACCCGUACCGGUAUACCGGAAGUAGCCCGUCCCUCCACGUUUCUCAACCACUCCAGUGAGAAACUAAAAUUUGGUAGCCUAGAUCUGCGAGAAGGUUCCCUUACUAUAUUGCGAGUCUUUAUUUGGCUCUCUGCUCAACAAAGAACCAUGCCUUGCCCUCAUUGUAGAAUUGGACCAUCCAUCCUCAAUGCUGACCUGUCCUGCCUCGCAGAGCAGUCGCAGGCAUUGCUGGAUAAAGGUGCAGAUUACUUGCACUUGGACGUCAUGGAUGGGCACUUUGUACCCAACAUCACGUUUGGCGCACCAUUGGUGAAGUGCCUUCGCAAGCGCAUACCCGAUGCAUUCUUCGACUUGCACAUGAUGGUGGCCGAGCCAGAGAAAUGGGUGGACGACAUGGCAGAUGCUGGAGCGAACAUGUAUACGUUUCACCUGGAAGCAGCAAAGGAUCCCAGAGCCCUCAUUGAUCAAAUCAGAAAGGCAAAGAUGCAGGUCGGCAUUGCGAUAAAGCCUAACACACCUGUUGAAGAUGUCCUGGAGCUGGCUGAGCUGGCUGACAUGGUGCUUGUAAUGACAGUCGAGCCAGGGUUUGGCGGUCAAUCCUUCAUGGAGCACAUGAUGCCCAAGGUUGAGAAAAUCCGUGCCCGCUAUCCUGAGAAGCUCAUAGAAGUUGAUGGUGGCGUUGGUCUCAAAACAAUUGGCCACUGUGCAAAGGCUGGUGCCAACAUGAUAGUCAGUGGCACAGCGGUUGUGCGCAGCGAUGACCCGAAAAGCGUGAUGGAUGAAAUGCGUUCCAUGGUCAAUCAAGCGCGAGAUAGCUGGCCGCAACCAUGAUGUCCUGCUGCUGGCCUCUCUCUCUCUCUCUCUCUCUCUCUCUCUCUCUCUCUCUCUCUCUCUCUCUCUCUCUCUCUCUCUCUCUCUCUCUCUCUCUCUCUCUCUCUCUCUCUCUCUCCCUCUCUCUUUGCCACUGUGCUCACUUCAAUCCAAGUCCUCUGAAGUAAACUACAAAUGUUCUCUUUGGAAAGAAGGUACCCGUAGGACUUCCGCUAGUAUUCAUACUACUAAUCGUUGCCAUCACUGAGCAGAGUGUUACUGGUAGGUAUACAAUUUUUUAAAUGCCAGUUUCUAAUUGCAAAACUCAUGAAACAGUAGUAUUCACUGCAUUCCCAUCCGCUUCAUUUGCUCUUGCUGUCUUGCUAGCACUGCAACCCCGGUAGCAAUACGUUUCUGCCCAUGGCCGCCCACUAGUAAUAUCAACAGUAGCAUUUUACUUCUUUCUGGAAGACCUUUUUUGGUUCGCUUGCUGUUUGUUUGUAGAGCCAUGUUCAGGAUUUUGCGACAAUACCUGAACAUAAUCAUAGAUCGGGGCAUCAUGCAAGCCACCCCUGGUCCAUGCCUCUGUAUUUUGCUGCUAACACACAGUCUUAUUUCUAGGCCGACCAAUUUCGCCAAAUGUUAA